UUAGCUGGUGGUUUCAAGCACCAAAACACAACAUAUGCUGGUCUUGCUGGUAUGACCAGCAUGGGAUGCUGGUGCUACUGCUUGUUUGGUGCUGGUUUAGCUGGUGCUAAUGCUGGUGCUGAUGCUGGUUUAGCUUGUGUUCAGUAGCUAACCAGCACCAAAACACAACAUAUGCUGGUCUUGCUGGUAUGCUGCUUUGUUCAGCAGGGCUAGCUUGAUUUAAUAUGAGGCUAGCUAGGAUGAUUAGCUUAGCUAGGAUGCUGCUAUGCAGUUGCUAUGUAAUUGUUAGCUACAAGAUCAGAGUAUGCAGUAAACAUGAAGGUUUUGAUGCUUGAAACUUCAAUAUAUUUAAAUUCAUUAUUAGUUGGGAAAACAUUUAUGCAGCAUUUUUCGGACAAUAAUGUAAUGCAUAAUGAUAUUCAUGUUUCUUUACAUCUGGGAACUGAUACACAGUAUACUUUAAUGCACACUGCUGUUGUUUUUAUGUGAAUAUUGAUGCAUCUUUUCUUUUAUCUAUGUUUUAGACAAGAUAAAUAGGAUGUUGACCUUUGAUUUUUCCCAGCUGGUGCUUUACUGCAACAUCUAUGUGAAUUGUUUGCCAUUUAAGAGGUUCACAAAUAGUCACUAGGAUAAUGACACUGAUGAUAGUGUGUCUGUACCUAUUGAUUGAUACCUUUAUUGCCCCGAAGGGAAUUUGUUCUGCACUCAAGGAAGCCACAUUAACAAACAUCCAACGACAUGGCAAACAUAAAAAACCAAAACAUAAACAACACAAGACAAUAAUAAUAGCAAUAAUAAUGGCAUACAAUAAGUCCAAUAUCUAAAUAAAUCGAUAGCUAAUUAAAAAUGUCUAAUUAAAAAUGUCUAUAAAAAUUUAUUUUUUGUGCCUCUGUCUGAUCUGUUCAGUAACUGAAUGCUCCUCGGUACAAAUGAUGUAAUGGCACGUUUCGUUUUUGUUGAUGGCAUUCGAAAUCUACAUCCAGAUGGGAGUAAGAAGAACUCUAAGAAAAGUGGGUGGGAUGGAUCAUCCAGUAUCCUCAAUGCCAGAUUGAGGGUAUACUGGUCUGUAAGAUUGGAGAUGGUUUUAACAUCAGAUCCAGUAAUUUUUCUGCCCAUUUUAGUCACCUUAUCCAGCAUAUUCCUGUUCUAUCAGUGCCAUCUUAUCACUGUGUAAUAUUUUAGGCCAGAGCUUCCCAAACUUAACACUGGUAAGCCCCCCCAAAAACAUAGCAAAAGCUCCACGACCCCCCCCCCCAUUUGUAGUAUAACAUGUAUUUUUAAUAAAGCUGAUUGUCUCUUUGCACAUUACCAACAUUUAAUAACCAGUUUUUAAGAAUCUCAUGUGAAUCAUGAGAACUAUGGAAAGUAUUUUAUAUUCUGUUGAAAGAUGACGUAAAAAUUCUUUACAAAUAAAUGAAGAGUUUCGUUGCAAAACGAGAUAAAUCCAUUUUUUUUACAUUUUUGUGAAAAUAUGUUUAUUAUUAUGUUAUCAUGUUAUUAUUUUGUUUUAUGGUGCUACUUAGCUGUAUUUUUUAAGUUAUGAAGGUUUAAAUCAAAACAAAACAACUGCAGUUGAAUUGAAAUUAAUUGGAAUGCACAACCAAAAAACAAGAUUUCUGAACAAUUAAAAAAAUGGUGGUUAUCUCGUUUUGCAACGAAACUCUUCAUAUAUAAAACCAUAACACUACAUACUUUCUGCAAAGUAUUUACCAUUAUAACACAAAGGGGUGGUUUCCCGGACAGGGAUUAGACUAGUCCUAGACUAAAAUAAAUAUAAGAGCUGUCCAAACUGAAAACAACAUGCACUGACAUAUCUUAAAAUACAUCAGUGCCCUUUGUUUUUCCUUAAAAUGCACGCCAGUAUGUUUUUAGUAAGGCAUUUUUAUUCAAACUAGUUAUAUUUCAUAAUUAAACUAAGGCCUUGUCCUGUCUUAAGCUAAUCCCAGUCUGGGAAACCACCCAAAAGUGUGUAACAGAAGCUACAUAGCUCACAAAUAGUUCAUAAAUCUAUUGCAAUGAAUUACAUAACUAUGUUAAAAAAUAUAAAAAAAUAUAUAUAAAAACGUUUAAGCAAUGUAUCUCACCUCAGUAUAAUAAGAAAAUGAAAUAAAUAUAAACAAAUAUACAAUAUAUACAUAAAUACGCUUUAAUAUCACAUGAUUUUUUUAUUUAGCCUAGUCAAGGUCCCCCGCAGUACUGCGACGGCCCACUGGGGGGCAGCGGCCCACAGUUUGGGAAGCACUGUUUAAGGCAAAGAAUUUAUCAAUUUAUUGUAGAAUUGUCCAUUUUGGGCAUUUCUCAAAGUUAAUCAAUUAAAUAAAAUAACGAACAAAAUGAUAAGCAUUUUAUAUAUAUAAGAGCAAAUGAGUUCAUAUGGCCAUUGAUAGCAUUAUAUUUAUUUUAUUUUCAUUUAUAUCACUGUUUAAGGAAGAUUUUCUUGUUUUAUUAUUUUUAAUAUUAUGGUUUAAUAUUGUCUGCCCCGUAUCCAAAGCUCAAAUGUGAUAAUAUUUUAUAUAUAUUUUUGAAAUACUUUUGUUAUACGACUAGUAUUCAGGUAUUAGGUAACAUCACGUGAUUAAUUCAAACCAAUGAGACGACAGCUUUGGACGAGAGUCUGUAUAGCUAAUGAGCUUGCUUCCGGUUCUCACUGGUUUUGCCUUCACUGAGCGAGCGCCACUUUCUCAGCUAUCUCUUGAGGUAAGUCAAAUUUCCUCAUAAAAGUCUUAAAAUUUCACAGGCAGACGGUGGAUUAAUCAAUUUGAUGAUUUUAAAUAUGUCGAUUGUUAAUUUAGAUGAGUGUAAUAUUACUUACGUUUAAACAAUAAAGAAAUAUAACGGAUUAUCUUCUGCUAUCAUUGUUUUCUGAGGUAAAUUAUGCGUUGGAAAAAAACAAACGGAUAGUUCAAAUAAUUGUAGCCUAAGAAAUUGUGGCUAAAGCCCAUUUUUAUUGUUUAUAUGAUUUUAGUUUGAUAUAUUGUUAAUGUGAACCGUUAAACGGACGGACCGACCGAACAAUUUCAGUGAGGGAAAAGGUAACCGUUAACUUAAGGGGUUGUCAGACACUCAGGCGUCUGCCUGUUUUUGGUAACAAAAAUCAACUUAACCGAGGUUAUAUGGAUGGUAGGAACAACCACUUAAGUUGUGGACUAACAUAUGCAAUUAUAUAUAAUAAAUGCAUGGUGUCGUCUAUAAAAGAAUAACAUAACGUUACGUUACUCGAAGCUACAGUGACAUCUGCAGGCGAGGCUUUACUUAAAUGCCUUGUUUGUUCAUGAGUUUUUGACCUGUUUCAUAUUUUAUCAUAGUUUUUACGUUCAUUUUGAAGUUAUGGUAACUUAUUUGUUUAAGAUACGUUUGUUAGGCGCGAACACGGGAGGUCGCGCCCAGCUUGAGCUUCCGCAUUAUUAGCACUGUUAGCUCCACUGUUAUUUGCGAGAGACGAAAAAAUGUUUGAAUAAAGAGCCUAGGUAGGGGGAAGUACACAAAAUACAUGCGUUUUUUUCUAGUGUAACGUUUAUUAUUAUGUUGGAGGCAAUUCCUCAAAAUAUACUUUAUAAAAUAUACUAUUGUAAACAGAAUAUGGUUGGUAUAUCAACCAUUAUGAUUUGAUAAUAAUGUAUGUUUUUUUUCUCUUCCCCCUGUACUUUUGUUACAUCAUUUUUUGCUGUCUAGACAUUUUUGUGGUAAGUCAUUUAUAUAACAAUCUCUGUUGCAACAUAAUACUUUUUUUCUGAACAGUUAACCUUGCACAUGAUAUUUAAAUAGUAAUGUUUAAUUUUUCUUUCUUUUGCUCUUUUGAAAACAUUUAACUGCUUUAGCUAAACCUCAGCCAAAUUCCUGGUUUUGCUGGGCAACAGCACCCAUUUCAUACAAUUUAUUAUAGCGAACCCAAAGGCUCUUUUCAGAGCCAUCCACAUUGCGUCACUGAUUGGACAUCUAAUUCAUCUUUAUUGGACAUCUAAUUCAUCUUUCAGCUUGCCUCUUAAAAACUGCCAGGAAACCCAAAAAAAAACACAGAUUCAACUAAAAAAAAGCCUAUAAUUUCUACCCAAAAAAAACGACCCAUUUUUUUACCCCACCCAGCCAAUCUGUUGCCCUAACCCCAAAACACUGACUUUCCCCAAAACAGAACGUCCCUUUAACUUUUUGCUUUGACAGAAAGAGUGAGAGCAGAACUACCUACAGCUCCAGUGUGCCCUGCUGCCUUGAGUGUCUUCACAAAGCAACGUUGAUUAGAGGACUGCGUUGGGAAAUCAACACCAUCAACACACACAAUAAUUUACUAUAGUUUUAAAAUUACAUAAUUUCCUAUAGUCUUUUAGACUGCUUAUAAUAGAUAAUACACAUUACAGUACUUUUAAAAGUCAUUAAUAUAUCAGUAAAAAAAAUUGUUUUAGCAAGUUCAUCUUUGAAACGUAUUACAUUUAUAUCUGAGUCUUUUCACAUUUGCCUAUACUCUACUAAUUAAUUGCAUUAGUAAUAUUGCCUUUGGUUAUCAUUUCUGUAAAAUAUUGAGGUUAACAGUUCAACAGUUCCAUUGCUAUAGUCUUGUGUGUUUGUAUAUCUAAUUUCUUGACUGUUUUAACGGUGAAAUUUUAGUACAGUACUUUAAUAUAUCAGUAAAAUAUUCUAAGUUUGACUGUUGUUGUAACUGCUAUUUGAAUAGACUACAUUUAAAGGUCAUUCAAAUAUUUUGGUUUGCCAAGUUCCUCUUUGAAUCUUACCACAUUGUAACAUUUACCUUUAUUAAUUGAUUGCAUUACUGAUAUUGCUUUUGGUUAACAUUUUUGUACAAUAUUGGGGUUGACAGUGUUUGACAGUAUAACAGUUCAAUUGCUAUAGUUUAGUGUGUUUGUAUAUUUAAUUUGUUGACUUGUUACUGAAAUUUCAGUCCUGUACUUAAAAAGCUAAUUAAUAUAUCAGUAAUAUAUUUACAGUUUGACUCUUGUUGUAAUUGAUAUUUGAGUGCAGUACAUUUAAAGGUAAUUAAAAUAUCAGUAAAGUAUUUUGGUUUGGCAAGUUCAUAUUUGAAUCUUACCACGUUGUAACAUUUGCCUUUACUAAUUGGUUGCAUUACUGGCAUUGCCUUUAGUUAACAUUUUAUAAUUCAGUGAAAUACAAAGGGUUGACGGUAUAACAGUUACAUUGUGUGUAUGUAAAUACAGUAGGUUGACACUUGUUACUGUGGUAUACUAGCAUAACGUAUAAUAAGCAUUAAUAUUCAUUGAGUGGGUCUUUGUAUUUGUUAUUAAGGUUUUAUCCGGAAAAUUUGCACUUGUUUAACAUACGAAAGGUACUUUGCUAUAAACAGAUCUUUAGAUUUCUAACACCUGUUCCAUCGUCAUGCCACGUAAAGGUAAACGAAGUGAAGCCCAGAAGCAGCGCAGAAAGGUAGAAGCUUCACUGUGCAUUAACUCCGUGUCAAGUGCGAGUGACGUAAGCCCAGACGUGCUCUCUGUUACGGCGUCCCACUGUCAAAGUGACCCGAGGUACGCUAUUUAUUCCAGGGGGCAACAGUGCACGUGCAAUUCCUUAAUGUUUCUCGCGGUGCACAACGAACGUAAUGAGCUGAACAGUUUGGAAUUAGAUGACAUUUUAAAGAAAGGUGAUGCUUUGUACACUCUUGUCAAGCAAACACUACAGAGUAAAGGACAAUUUCGGAGUAAUUUCCUUGAUUUUGAUGAGCUACCGGAUAAACUUGAGACAAACUUGUGCUCUUACAACAUCAUUAAACAUGGCCAGAGGUUUGGAUUACUAAGAGAUGCACCUGCACUAGGCAGCUAUGACAACCUCGAGAAUACUCUGCAAUGUCUCAGAAGUGAAAUCAGCAACUGCCUGUUUUUGUGUGGACUUUAUUGUGUUGCUUUGUUUAGAGAUCGCUCAGGGAGGUUUGGAUUUUUUGAUUCACACUGCAGAACACCAGAUGGCAUGUCUACUAAUGAUGGCACGGGUACUGCUGUAAUGUUGACAUUUUCACGUUUAGAAGACAUGAUAGAGAGACUGUUGCUGUUGUUUCAAGGGUGUUUCCAGUUAAGCGAUAACGUGCAAUUUGAUCUCCUGCCAGUAUCAUUCACAAGCACAACAGUAUGUACUGAUGUCUCCAUGGAGUAUCUUGAUAACAUAGAGCCGUGUGUAGCAUCUCAGUUUCUGUCCACUAAUGACCAAUGUGCAUCGUCACAACAGCAAAUUCAGGUCCGAAAUCCAGUUCAGUGUCCAGUCAACAUAACAGAUGAAGAUGAAAUGGAGAUUCAAACUACUGUAACUGACAAUUUGGACAGAGACAAAAAUGUUCAAUUAAAUACACUUUCUCAUAACAUCUCAAAAGAUUCCUCAAUUCAAAUUAUAUUGUCAGAUCCAAAUGAUCACUGUUUGGAAACAUCUGACUUGAAUCAACAAUCAAAAAAGCUUAACAAAUCCAGAAGGCGCAAGGAUUACAAGAUAAAAUGGCACAAAAAAAUUGAUUUAAAAGAUAGGAAACAGACAAAAAAAACUGAGCAUUACAAAACAAGUACAGAAUACAAGAAAAGACAUAACCAAGCAAUGAAGAACCGUUAUCAAACUAAUACGUUUUACAGGGAAGAGCACAAACAAGCCAUGAAAAACAAAUAUAAAAAAUCUGAAGAAUAUAAGAAUAAAAGAAGAAUUUAUGCUAUUAUGAAUUACAGGAAUAAUGAGAAAUACAGAGAGAAAAAGAAGAGAAAAAUAAUCAGCAGUUACAGUAGUAAUGCAAAAUUCAGAGAGAGACAAAAAACAUAUGUCAUAAGAAAUUACAGAAUGGAUGAGCAUUUCAGAGAGAGACAAAAAACCUAUGUCAUAAGAAAUUACAGAAUGGAUGAGCACUUUAGAGAGAGACAAAAAACCUAUGUCAUAAGAAAUUACAGGAACAGUGAUAAAUUAAAGGAAAAGCAAAAGAGGUACAUAACUGAUAGAUAUUCAAGAGAUGCAAUUUUCAGGCAAAGGCUAAAAGACUAUUAUAAAAACCGGUGCAAAAUAGAUUCAAACUUCUAUGAACAAAGAAAGGUCAUGUUUAAAAAACGUUAUCAACAUGACUCGCUUUUCAGAGCUCGUCAGAAGGCAUAUAAUUUAUUCAAAGCUAAAGACGGGAUAUCAGCACUCAAAAUAAUUCACAAGAUAAACUGUGCACAAGACAUACAGCACAAAUAUAAAGUAAUUGACUCUGUGCGCCAGGCCACACAAGUGUUCAGACAUAACCAACCUGUUGAAAUACAGAAUCCAGUGAUAUUGAAGGCAUUGCAAACUUUCAGAGACAUUAUAAAACAGGGACCAACAUAUAUAUGCACAUGCUGUGCAAGAGCACUCUUCUCAAAUCAAGUGCGCACCUGUGAUCGUGAAAGCUAUCAAAAGAAUCCAACAGUUGUUUCACUAUGUUUGACAGGUAACUAUGUUCACAUCUGUUCUGAUUGUACUGAUCACUGUAUGAGGAACACAGAAUGGAUCUGUCACAGCUGCCAUUCAACACUUUUGAGAGGUACAAUGCCAGACAUUGCUGUAGCCAAUAAGCUUCAGUUUAGUCCUAUUCCUCCAGAGCUAUGCAAUUUGAAUAUUCUAGAAAGACAUGUUAUUGCAAAGUACAUUCCUUUUGCUAAAAUCUUAACACUUCCUAAAGGCCAGCAGAGAGCCAUAAAGGGUGCUGUAAUUUCAGUUGCAUCUGAAGUGGAAACAACAGUUAAUUGUUUACCUAGACCAAGAAGUGAAUCACAGCUGCUUACAGUGAAACUGAAAAGACGUCUUUGUUACCAAGGUCAUUAUCAGUAUCAGACUAUGAAUAUGCACAAAGUUUUAUCUGCUUUAGCAAAACUUAAAGAUAUGCAUUCAGAAUAUAAAAAUAUUGUUAUAAAUGACAGUAGCGCACAUGAUGAGCCAAUGGACAUUGACAACAGCAGCCAAAGUGAAAACACAGAACGACAGAGCAAUGAAAAUGAACAUGAUAAUUCAAGUGAUGACCCUGAAUCUAAUAAUGAACAACACUCAGGUCUUGUCUUGGACACAUGUCUACAGCCUCCAGAUCUUGGUCAACAUUUGUUGUCUUAUGAUGAUGGAAUAUUUUGUAUUGCCCCUGCAGAGAAAAACAGUCCUGUAAGCAUUUUUAAAAUUCCUAAGCUCGAGUCUAUGGCAUUUCCAGUGCAGUUUCCUGAUGGUAAGAACACUUUUGAUGAGCCUGACAGAGUGAAAUGUGUCUCCCCAAGCAGAUACUUUAACACCAGGUUAUUCUCUGUAGAUAACCGUUGUGCAAAGGAUACAAACUACAUAUUUUUUGCACAGUUUGUCACAGAAAUGCACAUGGCCACAUCUAGUAUGUCCAUUCAGUUGAGAAAAGCAAAACCCAUGACACGUGAUGGUCGUAGAAUAAACUGUUCACUGCUGCAGGAUAAAUCUGAGUUAGAAAAACUUGUACACAACAAAGAGGCAACACGUUUCAUGCAGCCACUAAGAGGAACACCAGCUUACUGGGAGAAAACUCUGCGUGAUUUGUUCUCUAUGCUAAGACAACUGGGCACACCUACAUUUUUCUGUACAUUUAGUGCUGCUGAGAUGAGAUGGCCAGAAGUUAUUACUGCUAUUAAAGCCCAACAAGGUGAAACAGUGAACUUUUCUGAAUUAGACUGGUCAGAGAAAUGUGACAUUCUUAAAAGCAACCCAGUCACAGCCAUGCGCAUGUUUGAAAAACGAGUUGAAGCCUUGAUAAGAGAUCUAAUAAUGUCACCUGCUCAACCCAUCGGUGAGGUAAUUGACUUUUUUUAUAGAGUAGAAUUUCAACAGCGUGGCUCUCCACACAUUCACUGCCUAUUUUGGGUGAAAGAUUCUCCAGAAUUUGAAAAAGAUCAAGAUGAAGAUGUGUGCAAUUUCAUUGAUAAAUAUAUCUCAUGUAAACUACCAGACCCAAACAAAGACCCAGAACUGCAUAGAAUUGUAAGUGAAGUACAGAUGCACAGUCGUAACCACUCCAAAUCCUGUAGAAAAAACAAUAAGCACUGUAGAUUUGGAUUUCCCAAGCCACCCAUGAACACGACCAUGAUAACUCGUCCCAGGCCUCCUCCAAUAGAUCAGUCUGAUGAAGAAAAUGAAGCAACAGAGGAGAGAGAAAAUGACAGUACUGCACAAGCAAAAGCACAACUUCAAAAAGUGUGGGAUCUGCUGAAUGACACAACACAGAGUUUUGAAACCACAGCACAGCUGCUUCAAAAAGUAAACAUGACUUAUGAAGAAUAUAAGGAAAUAUUUUCAAUGUCUGUCAACAUCAAAUGUAAUUGUCAUGGAGAGACGACCACGUGA